AGUUUGAUGAGCAAUUGCAAAUGCAAGAAUUAUAUGGAGACCCCAAAGACGGUGAUAUCCACAAGGAUCCAAGUGGAGAAACCGAGUCUUUCGGGCAGCAGCCAGCUGACACCCCCUAUGAGUGGGACCUGGACAGGAGGGCUUGGUUCCCCAAGAUCACUGAAGAUUUCAUCGCUACAUAUCAGGCUAAUUAUGGCAUCACUAGUGAUAGAGCAUCUGGUUCUCCUGAGCAUGUCCCACACACCAGUAUGAGGACUGCAGAGGAGCCUCCACAAAGAAAAACCCCAGAACCCACUGAUCCCAAAAAGAGGGGAGAGAAAAGAAAGGGUGACUCAGGAUGGUUCCAUGCUGAAGAAGACAGCAAUACAAAUGUAUAUGUGUCUGGUUUGCCUCCAGACAUUACAGUGGAUGAAUUUAUACAGCUUAUGUCCAAGUUUGGUAUUAUUAUGAGAGAUCCUCAGACAGAAGAAUUUAAAGUCAAACUUUACAAAGAUAAUCAAGGAAAUCUUAAAGGAGAUGGGCUUUGUUGUUAUUUGAAGAGAGAAUCUGUGGAACUUGCAUUGAAACUUUUGGAUGAAGAUGAAAUUAGAGGCUACAAAUUACAUGUUGAAGUGGCAAAGUUUCAGCUGAAGGGGGAAUAUGAUGCCUCAAAAAAGAAGAGGUGCAAGGAUUAUAAGAAGAAGCUGUCUCUGCAACACAAGCAGUUGGAUUGGAGACCUGAGAGGAGAGCCGGACCAUGCCGAAUGCGCCAUGAACGAGUUGUCAUCAUCAAAAAUAUGUUUCACCCCGAAGAUUUUGAGGAUGAUCCAAUGGUUCUAAAUGAAAUCAGAGAAGAGAAUGUGCCAAAUUUGGUCAAAUUAAGAAGCUCCUCCUGUGUGAUAGGCACCCCGAUGGUGUGGCCUCUGUGUCCUUUAGGGAUGCAGAGGAAGCUGAUCACUGCAUUCAGACCCUUGAUGGAAGGUGGUUUGGUGGCCGUCAGAUCACUGACGGCCCAUCCCAAGCGUGGGAUGGGACUACAGAUUAUCAGGUGGAGGAGACCUCAAGAGAAAGGGAGGAAAGGCUGAAAGGAUGGGAGGCAUUCCUUAAUGCUCCUGAGGCCAACAGAAGCCUUCAGCGGUCAGGUUGUCAGUGCUU